CACAUCACAGCUCACUCCCUACUAGUAGACAAUUAUUACUGUUAUUUUGACAGUACCCCUGCUCUCUUGCUUUCGCUGCGCAAUCUCUCUUCCCCUUUUCUUUGCUCGCAUUGCUCUCCGGCUGGCUCCGUCGCGUCGAUUUGUAACCCUCGGCCUCGCUUGGCUGCUCCUCGGUUCCGGAGCUCUCGCGGCUGGAAAACUUCCCUCUCUUUUGCUUUGUCUCGUUUCUGCUGAUGUUCUUAUCCACCGGAUGCUAACGGCGGCGGAGGAAACCUUCAAGUGGUUAAGAUAAUGGAAGAUUACACAUCAAGCAGUGGUUAUCGGUUUAGAAGGAUACAACACCAACUGUGUGCUUCUAAUCCAGAGUUCGAACCAUUGCUAAAUGAAAAUAUGGAUCAAUGGCCACACCUUAACGAGUUGAUUCAGUGCUACAAAGCUGAUUGGCUGGUGGAUGAAAACAAGUACGGACGCUAUGAAAGUAUUGCGCCACCCUCUUUUCCAAAUCAAAUAUAUGAAGGGCCUGAUACUGAUAUGGAAACUGAGAUGCGCCUUGCCAGUGAAAGGAUUUCUAAGAAUGAAGAUGCUAGUUAUGAUGAUGUCCCCAGUACUUCAGGGAGACAAAUGUCUGAAAUCAGCUUACAUAAGUCAUCCUUCAAUUGUCAGGACAUGCAUUUUGGUGAGUGUCCACUCCCACCUUAUGAACCAGCUUUUGACUGGGAAAAUGAAAGAUCACUAAUAGUUGGUCAAAGGACUCCUGAAACUCUACCAACCCAUACCAGUGGAUUGAAGAUAACUGUGAAGGUGCUGUCAUUAUCAUUCCAAGUUGGACUAAUUGAGCCUUUUUAUGGCACAAUUUGUUUAUAUAACAGAGACAGGAAAGAAAAAUUGUCUGAGGACUUCCACUUCCGUGUUUUGCCAACUGAAGGACAGGAUGUUAACACUUCUUUGUUACAUCGUGCUGUUUUCUCCUUGGAUGCCCCCUCAGCGUCAAUUUGCCUGCUUAUUCAACUUGAGAGGACAGCUACUGAGGAAGGAGGAGUUACAACUUCUGUUUAUUCUCGUAAGGAACCUGUUCAUAUGGCUGAGAGAGAAAAGCAGAAACUCCAAGUUUGGUCAAGGAUCAUGCCUUGCCGACAAUCAUUUGCAUGGACGAUAUUUCCAUUGUUUGAAAGCAACAAUGUUGCUGCCGCUGGUGGUGCUGUAUCUCCUAGCAGUCCUCUUACUCCCAAUGUAUCUGGCCCAACCCCUCUAGAUACUUUUGCUGAACAUGUUUCAAAAAUCACUUUGGAUGGCAAACAAGCUCAAUAUUCAAGUGGAAGCUCUGUUAUUGUGGAGAUAUCAAAUUUAAACAAAGUCAAAGAGAGUUAUACAGAGGACUUACUUCUGGAUCCUAAAAGAAAAGUACACAAGCCUGUUAAAGGUGUAUUGAAAUUGGAGGUUGAAAAACUUCAUACAUCACUCAUUGAUGUGGACAAUAUUUCUGACGGUGGAAGCAUAAUCAAUGACUCAAAUGAUGCUGGUGAUCGUUUUAUUGAAACUUCUUUAGGAAAGCAUCAUAGCAAUGGUCCUGAUAUCCCCAGGAGUGGUAGUUUGAAGUUCAUUGGCAUUAAUCGAAAGGAUAUUUGUAGGAAUGUGUCAAUUCCAGCUGGAGAAGAUCAUCCUGAUUUUAGUGAUCAUUUUCAAGCUUUUGAUUUUCGGAGGAUGACUAGAAGCGAGCCAUUCUCGCAACUUUUCCAUUGUCUUUAUGUUUAUCCUUUAACUGUUAGCUUGGGUCGUAAAAGAAAUUUGUUCAUAAGGAUAGAAAUGCGAAAGGAUGAUGCUGACAUCCAAAAGCAGCCAUUAGAGGCUGUAUUUCCAAAGGAACAAGGUCAAACUCUUGAAAAGUAUGCUCAUACACAAAUUGCAGUUGGAGCUAGAAUGGCGUGCUACCAUGAUGAAGUUAAACUUUGCCUCCCUGCUAUUUUGACACCCCAGCACCAUCUCUUGUUUACUUUUUUUCAUGUUGAUCUUCUGAUGAAACUUGAAGCUCCCAAGCCUGUGAUUAUUGGUUAUGCUGCACUUCCUUUGACUUCCCACAUUCAGCUGCUGUCUGACGUAUCUUUGCCUAUUUUGAGAGAGCUGGUUCCUCAUUAUCUCCAAGAUAAUAGCAAGGAGAGACUGCACUUUCUAGAGGAUGGAAAAAAUGUCUUCAAAUUACGCUUGAGGUUGUGCUCUUAUUUGAUCCCUGUCAAUGAGCGAAUCCGUGAUUUUUUUCUUGAGUAUGACCGGCAUAAUCUCCGAACAAGUCCACCUUGGGGAUCAGAACUUCUUGAGGCAAUUAACAGCUUAAAGAAUGUUGACUCCACUGCCUUAUUACAGUUUCUCCAACCAAUACUUAAUUUGCUCCUCCAUCUUAUUGGUGAUGGUGGUGAAACCCUGCAGGUUGCAGCAUUUCGAGCUAUGGUUAACAUUCUAACCAGGGUACAACAAGAAUCAUCUGAUGGAGCUGAUCGAAAUAGUUUUCUUGUGAAAUAUGUUGACUAUGCAUUUAAUGAUUUUGGUGGUCGGCAAGCACCAGUUUAUGCUGGUUUGUCUACAGUGUGGGGUAGCUUGGCACGCAGUAAGGCCAAAGGCUAUAGAGUUGGGCCUGGAACGUUACCCCUGCUCUCUUGCUUUCGCUGCGCAAUCUCUCUUCCCCUUUUCUUUGCUCGCAUUGCUCUCCGGCUGGCUCCGUCGCGUCGAUUUGUAACCCUCGGCCUCGCUUGGCUGCUCCUCGGUUCCGGAGCUCUCGCGGCUGGAAAACUUCCCUCUCUUUUGCUUUGUCUCGUUUCUGCUGAUGUUCUUAUCCACCGGAUGCUAACGGCGGCGGAGGAAACCUUCAAGAAUGAGGAUCAACGUCCUGAUUUAUCCACCCUGCUCAACGAGGAAUUUGUUAAAAAAUUUGAAUGGGGUUAG